CGAAAUUUAGCCGUACCUUCUCUGAAUUUCAAUCAUGGCUGCCUCACGAUUCGGCACUUUGGUGAGACAGUUUAGCUCUUCAGCUGUAAGAAACCAACUAGUUACACCACCAGUUCAGGUGUUUGGUAUUGAAGGCAGAUAUGCUACAGCAAUGUACUCUGCUGCUACAAAACAGAAGCAGUUAGAUUCAGUAGAAGGUGAAUUGAAGACUUUGAAGAAACUUAUUAAAACCGAUAAGCCUUUUGCAGAAUUCCUACAGAACCCAACAUUUAGUCGCACAGAAAAGAAAGACACACUGACAAAUAUUGCAAAGAAACAAAAAUAUUCAGAUCUAACAAGUAAUUUAUUCGGUGCAUUAGCAGAAAAUGGUAGACUAAAUAAAUUAUCUGGUGUUUUGGAUGCCUUUGAGAAAAUUAUGAGUGCUCACAAAGGCGAGGUACAGUGUGUUGUCACCACAGCUAAGGCUAUGAGUGCAACAAAUGAGAAAGAAAUCAGAACAGUUCUACAAACUUUCUUAAAACCAGGAGAGAAAUUGUUCUUAACAUUGGAGACUGAUCCCAAAUUGAUUGGUGGCAUGGUGGUUUAUAUCGGAGACAGAUAUGUUGAUAUGUCUAUGGCAUCAAAAAUCAACACAUAUACCAACUUAAUUAAACAAGCUGUAUAAUGACUGACAGACAUAGAUAUUUGUGAUCAAACUUUAUUUAGAAGUGAAGUUGUAUUUAACAUUUGUUGAAUAGAUUUUGACCAACUCU